AUGGGUGCUAAUCAAUCAUAUUCAUCAGGGGCUUCUGAGCGUAAACGUCUUCGUGUUGCGAACAAUGGUUAUUGCUCUAAUGAAAAGUCUACCAAUAAUAAAUCCCGUACAGACAAAAACUAUGAAGAACCAAGCAGGAUAUUGGUUUCAGAACAAAAGGAUAGUAAUCAUGUGGAGAAGUCAAAAAUAAUCAACAGGGUCCAUUUCAGUAACGGAUUAAACGAUAUACCAAAUGACCGAGAUAAUAGAUCCAUCAUAGACAAAUCGUACAGAAAUCUAUAUCUAAAGAAAAAUAAAAGUGGCUCUGGUAGUGGAUCAUCUGAGCUAGACUUAGAUUUGGUUUCUAGCUGUGAAUUUCCUGAACCAUUCCAAAGAAUGGGCUCAGAUAUGCUUAAAUCUCUCGCCUCAUCCAUGAAGAGUAAAGUUGUAUAUUGUUCCGAUUAUGAAUGCAUAAAUCACUCUGCAAAUAUAAAACUGACUGAACAAAAUACCUGUAAGGAUGAUUCAACUUGUACAAUGUCCCUUUCUACCAAUAAUGCGAGCACAAUAACUAAAAAAGUGAGUUCUAGGAAAGCGGAACAGAUGGAUGCAUAUCAUAAGGCCACAUCUAGUACAAUGGCCACUCAGAAUGGAACAGAUAUGACACAGAGCUAUGUUCCUGACUCCAUAAAAAUUAUUAAGGAGAAGGAAACGUGUGACAUUGGUAAUAAUUGUGAUGUUCGUGAAAAAAUAGCUCAAAAAAUUUGUAUUCCACAUUGUUUUACCGGUGUUCUAGGCAAGCAAUGUGGAAAAGGUCAUAGUGGUAUACACGACAAUAAACCAAUUUAUAACUCCUUGUGCACAAAAUGCAUGCCUAAAGAAGAUAAAAUUGUUCGAGGCUUUAAAGGAUUGAUUAUUCAGAUGCCUACAUUUAAAUACGUUGACGAUCCAAGAUUACUACAGACAAAUAUAUCAGUUCCUGUAUUUGACAGAUCAAACAUAGUACAACAAACUGCAUUGAUCGAUGGAAAAAGCAUAAGUGAUGUCUAUCAACUUUCCACCGAUAAACUGGGUAAAGGAAGCUAUGGAAGUGUUGUUAAGGGGCGUCAUAAAGAAACAAAUGUCAUUAGAGCUGUAAAGGUAAUUAAAAAAUCGAGAAUAGAGAAUGGAAUGCGUAUGAAGCGAGAGAUACAAAUCAUGAAAACACUGGAUCAUCCAAAUAUAAUAAAGCUUUUGGAAGUAUAUGAGGAUAUGGAAUAUCUGUAUCUAGUUAUGGAAAUGUGUAGUGGAGGUGAACUUUUCGAUAGAAUUGUCAAGAAAGGAAGUUUUACCGAACAAAAUGCGGCAUGUAUAAUGCGUCAGAUCUUCUCUGCAAUUUCGUAUUGCCAUAAAAGGAACAUUCUACAUAGAGACCUAAAACCAGAAAAUGUAUUAUACUCUAAUUCAAACCCAGAUUCACCCGUGAAAAUCAUAGAUUGGGGAUUUGCAACCAAGUGCUUCAAAGCACACAAAUUCUCAAGUUUAGUGGGCACUCCUUACUACGUGGCUCCAGAAGUUCUUUUGGGUAAUUAUGAUAAGGCUUGUGAUAUUUGGAGUGCAGGUGUAAUUCUUUUCAUUCUACUAGUUGGAUAUCCACCCUUUCAUGGAAAUGACAACUCUGAAAUUUUGAAAAAUGUAAGACGUGGUUGCGUUCACUUCGUCCCUAAUCAUUGGAGCCAUGUAUCACACUCAGCGAUGGAUCUACUUACUAGAUGUUUGUCUUAUCUUCCAAAGCGUAGAAUUAGUGCAGACGAAGCACUCAAUCACGAAUGGAUUCUGAAACAUACAAAAUCCGCAAACCCUGCACCAGCAAUGGCUCCAUCUGUAUCAAAUAACCUGGUGGAAAGAUUCAGAUCAUUUAUUAAAUAUAGCAAAAUGAAGCAACUUGCGCUCACAUGCAUCGCUUACCAUCUCACAGAUGUGGAUAUUGGAGAUCUAAAUGAUACAUUUGAAGCAUUUGAUACUGACGGAGAUGGAGUAUUAACAGUUUCAGAAGUCCUACAUGGUUUGAGAUCCUCAAUAAGAAAUAGACAAACAAGUAUUGGGGAUCCAACAAUAGAAAGGCUAGUAGAAGAACUUGAUACAAAUGGAGAUGGAACAAUAGAGUACACUGAAUUCCUCGCUGCAACAAUCGAUGAAAAGCUUUACAAGGAAAAGGACUUUUGCAGGAAAGCAUUCAAUGUAUUCGACACCGACCAAGAUGGAAAAAUCACCAAAGAUGAUAUGAUGAAGGUCUUCAGAUGUGAUCUGCACAAGUGUCCGUUCACAAAAGAAGCAGUCAAUGACAUAUUCAAGGAGGUCGAUCUAGACAAUGACGGAAACAUCACCUACGACGAAUUUUUUGCAAUGCUACAUGGAUGGCCAACAAGCUACUAA